GGCGCCCGGCACUGUCCGUUCCUGCGGUCCGUUACCCUCCGGAUACCAAAACCAAAGGGGACAGGCGCCUCCCUCCAGGCCCCAAGAUAUGCUCCAGAUAUGAGUCAGCAGGAUCCCUCAGCCCGCCCCUCGAGGCCGCAAUCACGGCCCUCCGCCCACACCUUCACUAUCCGCCAUUUAACCCCCGAAGAUGGGGCGAGGCGGGCAUCCAGCUGGCGCUGAUUUUCAUUGCCCACAGCUCCUUGGAUCUGUGGGCUUCCAAGGCAGAGAGCAUUCGCCCCGAGAACGCUGCAAUCUGCGGGUAACAGCCAGUGCUGGAGCUGCAAAAACUGGGACCAGCCCUCCACUGGCCUCUGACUUGACCCUCCCCAGUGGCCUUGUAUUAGCUGCUUCUGCUGCUGCGUCAGAUAUUCUCAGCUGCAACUCCCUGCAAGGUGGGGCACCCAUCUCAGGCAGCAGGUUUUGGUGCACCCCACGAUCCUUCUCCCCAGGACUGUCGCUGCCCGUGGCCUCAGGAUGAAAGGGGAGACCCCUGUGAACAGCACUAUGAGUAUUGGGCAAGCCCGCAAGAUGGUGGAACAGCUUAAGAUUGAAGCCAGCUUGUGCCGGAUAAAGGUGUCCAAGGCAGCAGCAGACCUGAUGACUUACUGUGAUGCCCACGCCUGUGAGGAUCCCCUCAUCACCCCUGUGCCCACUUCAGAGAACCCUUUCCGGGAGAAGAAAUUCUUCUGUGCCCUCCUCUGAGCUGCCCUGUCCCUCCUCACAACUCUUCACCUUUCCCUCUCCCGGGCCCUUCCUCAUUUUUGUCAGGAACUGUGGUGAGCCCCCUAGGGUCCCUGCAUCCCAUCCCUAGCCCUUUCCCAACCCUGUGAGGUUAUCUGAAGCACAAGGCCCUCCCUCGCCUAUCUGCCGACCCCAUUUCCUCACCCACUGAGGCGGACCCAAAGCACCCCGUGACUCGGGGCACCCUUAGCUCCACCCACAGAAGGGCUGUCAGACUCUGCCAGCGUCCUGCCCGCUUCCCUCUGUGACCCGCUCAGACAAUGGAGAGAGGGAUGGGCUGGGUGCUUGCUCUCAGUCUCACCUGGAACUAUUGGAAGUGUAAAGCCAUUUGAAGAAUAAAGUCAUCCAGAGUCUCAGAGGACA